AUCGAGUACAACCUACUUGUGAAAGUACAGUAAAGUGCCUCGACCUCGUAGUUUCUCGGAAAUAAUGCGUUUGUGACUGGUGAAAUUAUGGCAAAUUCUGAAGGAACUGAGACAGUAAUUGAAUCAACCAGAGAAGAUAUUCCUUUAAAAACCGGCACCAGAUUAUCAAAAUGGUACGGCUGCAAUGAAGAAUGCCUUAGCGGUACCAAGUUUAUUAACGCAGCUUUUGGUACUCUUACAUUUAUAAUAACUGUUGCAUUAUUGAUACAAAUUCACUACGGAGAUUAUCAAGUGGUACCGCAUGGAAGUGUCGCUACGGACAGUUUGGAAUGCUCGAAAAUUGGAACCCAAAUUUUGAAGCAAGGCGGAAAUGCUGUGGAUGCAGCUAUAGCUAGUGCGUUUUGUUUAAGCGUAGUUACCCCACAUCUUACUGGUCUUGAUGCGAGCGGCCAAAUGAUGAUUUACAACCACAAAAGUAAAUCUUUACCAGAAAUAGUUGACUUUAGUAAUGUUACCUCAAGCAAUUUGCCUACUUUAGUAUUAGGAUUAGCUUAUAUUCAUAAGCAUUAUGGUAGUUUAGCUUGGAAGGAUUUAGUUCUACCUUCGGCUGAAUUGGCAAAGCACGGCUAUGUUGUUUCAAAAAUGUUAGCUCAAGCAGUCAAUCGGGCAAAUGCUUCGGACCUUUAUGGAAGAUUAGAGCCUGGACAAUUAUUGAGGCAUAUAAAUUUGAGCAACACUCUAUUAACUAUUUCAAAUAUUACAGAGAAUGAGCUCUACAGUUACAUUGACUCUAGAAACCAACCAAUAGAAACACAAGCAAUACAAUCUACUUUUCACAACUACAACGUAUUUGUUCCUAGUCAGGAUUCUAUUGGACCAAUUUUGCUAGUCAAUUUGAGAGAAAUCGAAGAAUACAAUUUUACCCAACUAAAUGUGGCAGCUACAAAGAAAAUCCUCGAAACCACAUUAAAAAUAUAUCAAGAGUUUAAUGUCAGCUCCAAAUUCCAUCAAGGCACUUCCAGUAAUGUUGCCGUUAUGGAUUUAGAAGACAAUUAUGUAUCUCUUGUAACAGGCAUGUAUGGUAUGUUUGGUUCAGGCGAAUUAACAAUCCACGGCUACGUGCUAGAUACAAAACUUCCAAACAAACCUUGCAGUCGUAUUCCAAUAAUUUUAACCGAAAGUAAAUUUAUUUGUGGUAAAAGGAUGGCCUUAGGUGCAAACGGAAUAGCACAGGCAAGCCAAUUAGUCUCCAACACUGUUAUUGGUAAUCAAAAUGCCACUGAUGGAAUUGAGGCUCCAAGAUUUUAUGUUUUGGAUAAUUUUACAGUUGCAGUAGAAGCUUUCCAUAGUCCAAAGUUCCCAGUGGAUAUUCUCCAGUAUUUGAAAGAUAUCCAUAAAGAACCAAUUUUAAUGCCAGAACCAUAUUAUAGUAGCAAUAUUGUGGAAAAAUACGGAGAUGAAUUGAGUUCGCAUUCGGAUAGUAGAGGAGGAGGCAUUGCCAGCAGAUUUUGACUGUGAUAUUUUUCUUGUUUAUUUAUUGUGUUGUUUUAAUAAACAAUUUUGAUUUAAGUCUUAUAUUAUUCUAUGCUAAUGUGACGCUGGUUCCUUGAUUAUUUUUUAAAACUUCCUCGCACUUUUCCAUAUUUUCUAAAAUAUUAGGCAACGUCCAGUGUUUCAUUAAAAGGGCAUUUUCU